AUGGGUCGUGCAAAAUUGGAAAUGCAACUGAUUGCUAAAGAGAAACAACGCGUUACAACAUUCAAGAAGAGAAAAGAUGGAUUGAUAAGAAAAAUCCACGAACUCACGACCCUGUGUGACGUGAAUGGCUGCAUGAUCAUCCGUCCUCCGAACCAAGACAACCUCUCACCGGAGAUCGAAACAUGGCCGGAAAAUCCCGACUUCGUGUCGGGAAUCAUCGAGAAAUACAGAGCCAAUCCCGAUGUCGGCGGCAGCCGGACGUACACGCUGACGGAUUUCUACCAGUGCCGGAGCAAGAAGGUGGUGGAAGAGCUCGAGAAGAAGCGCAAGAAACGCCGGGAAAUGCAACAUCAUCAGAUGAGGAUCAGCAAUUUCAACAACAAUAACAACAUGAGCAGCACCAGAUUGCUUCUUCCAGGAGCUUCAAUUCAAAGAAAUCUGGAACCAUGGGAUGUUUCAAACAGGAUUCACGUCCCAGCUCUGCUUCAAGAAACUCCUCAUCAGCAACAUCAGAUUCAUCACCCUGAGUUGAAUAAUUCCAGUUCAAUGGUGAAGCUGCUAAUGGGUGGUGAUCAGGAUGAUUAUAUUCAUGGUGGUAACCAUAAUAAUCCCUCAAAUUUUGCUAUUCAAUUCCCAUCAUUCAAGCACGAGAUUCAACACGAAUCCUCCCCUGUUUCCUCGCUCGAUAGUGCUGCAGGGCAGUUGUUUGCUUAUUCGACAAUGCCGCCUUUGCCUCCGUUCCAUGGUCAGAAUUUCCAUCAACAAACAAUGGGGACAUUCAUGCCGAUUCAGUAUCCAGCUAAUGUGAGUGAUAUUCAUCAAGUUCAUGGUCAUAACAGUUCUGAAAAUUCAAGGGAGAAAGAGCUCAAUGACUUCUUUCAUUGCUCCUUCAAGGAUCACAGAGAAAGGCGCUAA